CAUGGCGGCUUCUUUCCCGCUCCCAGUGACCCAGGACCUGUUCACGUUGCGUGCCACGUUGCAGGAGCUACUGCAGUUCCUGAGGAAAGCCCUGUGCAUUUCCAACGCACAUACGGUGGACUUCUACACGGAGUCCGUGUGGGCGCAACUGGUCGACUUGCCCCCGGAGACCGUGCUGAGGGUACUGAGGAAGUCAGUGGCAGAGGCGGAGGCCCGGCCCCCGGAGGCGCGCCUCCUGGUGGAAGCUGAGAGGCGAUCAGGUAUUACCAAUUUUCCCAAAAUAUUUUGUGAGACUUCCCAGAAGCUGGUGAGUGUGGAGGCCUUUGCUCUGGCUGUGAGAUCUUAUUCUGUACCAAAUUUGGGAAUAUGUACUCCUUUUGAACAGUUGCUUACAGCCCUUCGAGGAAAUAAAAAACAGAGAACUGGUGAAAAUGUGAAACCAGAUGAAUUUAUGAAUUUGAAAAAAUCUCAUGAAGUUCAGGCUAUGUCAGAGCUGAUCAGCAGUAUUGCUGAUUACUAUGGAAUAAAGCAGGUAAUUGACCUGGGUUCUGGAAAAGGCUACCUAAGCUCUUUUUUGUCCUUGAAGUAUGGCUUAAAAGUUUAUGGAAUUGAUUCAUCAAAUACCAAUACUCAUGGAGCUGAGGAGAGAAACAGGAAAUUGAAGAAACAUUGGAAAGUCUACCAUACUCGGUCAAAAUUAGAUGUCAAUGAACUGGCAUUAAAAAUGGCAAAAGAAAGGAAAGUGCAGAAUGAAAUUAAGUAUAAAGUAGAUAUUGAGGGAAUAUGUAACAACAGUCCUGCAAAUCAAGAAAAGAUGUCUGCCUCAGGUUUUUUGCCAGAUUUUUCGGAUUCUCUAAUUUCUAACAUUAGAACACAAAUGGAAAACCUACAUGUGUAUUCACAUCGAGAAGAAAACUUGUGUUUUGAAAAUGCCUUUGCUCUUAUAGACCUUUUGCCUAUUAAUGCCAUAGAACCUGCUUCAUUCCAAACACCUAAGAGAAAAAUGUCUGAAGCAAAUAAAGAGAGAAGAAAACUGACAUCAAAGUCAAAUGAAUCAAAUAUAUAUUCACCUUUAACAUCUUUUAUCACUGCUGAUUCAGAACUACAUGAUAUUAUUAAAGAUCUGGAGGAUUGUUUGAUGGUAGGUCUACAUACUUGCGGUGAUCUUGCUCCAAAUACUCUGCGAAUAUUUACUUCCAAGUCUGAAAUCAAGGGAGUUUGCAGUGUGGGUUGUUGCUACCACCUCUUAUCUGAAGAGUUUGAAAAACCACAUAAAGAAAGUACCCAAGAAAAGUGGGGAUUUCCAAUGUGCCAGUAUUUAAAAGAAGAGAGAUGGUGCUGUGGUCGUAAUGCCAGAAUGUCAGCAUGUUUGGCAUUGGAACGAGUUGCAGUUGGCCAAGGGCUGCCUACUGAAUCACUCUUCUAUCGAGCCGUCCUUCAGGAUAUUAUUAAAGAAUGUUAUGGCAUCACCAAAUGUGAUCGGCACGUGGGUAAAAUGUAUUCAAAAUCCUCUUCCUUUCUGGACUAUGUCAGAAAGUCUCUAAAGAAGCUUGGAUUAGAUGAGUCCAAGCUGCCAGAAAAAGUUAUAAUGGACUACUACGAGAAGUAUAAGCCUAGAAUGAAUGAGCUGGAAGCUUUUAAUAUGUUGAAAGUUGUUCUGGCUCCUUGUAUAGAGACAUUGAUUCUUCUAGAUCGACUUUGCUACCUGAAAGAACAGGAAGAUAUUGCAUGGGCCACACUUGUGAAGUUGUUUGAUCCUGUGAAAUCUCCCAGAUGUUACGCUAUUAUUGCCCUGAAGAAGCAGCAAUGAUUUCAGUUGAAGCAAGGUAUUAGAUGUAUCUGUUUAUGGAACGGAUUGCUAAUUUUGCCCUUCUAAACAUGUGUGUUGUAUUAUGUAAAUAUUUGAAAAACAUUGCUCUAUAUUUUAAAUAAACAAUAAAAUA